ACUGAAGGUGGUGGUAGAUAAAAAUCCACAUUAUAUUUUUUCCAGCCACAAUAUAUAGUUUUGUCCAAAACUACUUACAUAUCUUUCUAGCUCUUUGUCUUUCAUUCACAUCCUUUCCCUCUCAAAGAGGGCUCUCUUAUAUGUACUUGAAUUUUGCCUAUAAAGAAGGGAAUAAUAGGGUAGAUCAAAUAUUCGAAAUAUAGAUUUUGGUCUAAGAAAAUAUAUAAACCCACCUAGCCACUACAGCCAUAUCAUGACUCGAAGCACAGCUCUUCAAUGGCUAAGCUUGGUGGGUAUUAUAUGGCUUCAAUCGAUAAACGGAACCAAUUCUAACUUCCCUGCUUAUUCUUCUCAGCUAAAGCAACUCCUUUCCAUAUCCCAACUGCAACUCAACAACCUUGCACUUGCAUCUGAUGCAGGGAAGCUCUUUGGUUGGUUUGCUGGCAUUGCUGCCAUUUACCUACCUUUGUGGCUAGUUCUUUUAAUUGGUUCUUCUCUCGGCUUGAUCGGCUAUGGUUUGCAGUAUCUUUUCCUCACCCACCAUAUUACUUUCCUUUCAUACUGGCAUAUAUUCUUUCUCACAGUUUUAGCUGGAAACGGCAUUUGCUGGAUCAACACAGUUUGUUAUCUGGUUUCCAUACAAAACUUCCCCUUUCAUAGGCAGGCUGCUGUUGGUCUGAGUACUUGCUAUUUAGGAUUAAGUGCUGUAAUUUAUACUGCAGCUGUUGGUGCGUUUUCUUCUAAGCAUUCUAAAAAAGCUGAAGAAUAUAUGCUUUUCAAUUCUCUCUUUCCUUUAGUAGUUAGUAUCAUAACUGCACCCUUUCUCCGGCAUAUUGAUAAUGAUAAGCCUAAGAGGGUUGGACGUGGGUUUUUUGGUGUUCUAGUGAUAACAAUAGCCACUGGAAUAUAUGCUGUAAUGAGUAACUUGGGACCAAUCUCAAGGAAGUCCUCACCGCGGUUUAAGGUGGUUGGUUUAGGAGUCUGUCUAACAGCACUGUUACUAAUUCCUAUGGCAGAAUUUUUUGUUCAUAUAUUGGAAGAAAAAUGUCGUAUUAACAGGGAAAGACGAGUAUGCGAUCUUACAACUGAUGCAGAUGAAGUAGAUGAUCAGCAAGAUGUUGAGAAUCGAAUCAAAGAUCAGAGUGAUAAUAUUGUUGAAGUCAAGCAAGAAAUUUGUGCCAUGGAAGAAAUUGGUGUCAAAUUGAUGCUGAAGAGACUGAAUUUCUGGUUGUACUUCUUCAUAUACAUUUCUGGUGCCACUCUGGGACUGGUUUAUCUAAACAACUUGGGACAAAUAGCAGAGUCUCGAGGCUAUGCUAGGAUAUCUUCUUUGGUCUCAUUAGCCUCUGCAUUCGUGUUUUUUGGCCGUCUCUUGCCAACUGCCCUCGACUAUGCCUACUCCAGGAGCAAGUGCAUGGUUCCAGGGCCGGCCUCUAUAGGAGUUGCAAUGAUGCCAAUGGCAGCAGCAUUCUUCUUGCUCAUAAUAAAUAAUAGCAACCUUUUACUUCAUUUCAGUACAGCAAUUAUAAGUUUUUCAACUGGCAUAAUCACUGCCAUUUCAGUUUCUACAACAACAGAGCUUUUUGGACCCAACAAUUUUGGAGUGAAUCAUAAUGUUGUGGUCGCAAAUAUCCCUCUAGGGUCCUUCCUAUUCGGAGGGUUAGCAGCACUUUUGUAUCGUAAAGAAGGAGAUGGGCAUGGCAGAUGCUUGGGUCUGCAAUGUUACAGCAAAACCUUCGGCAUCUGGGGAUCCCUAUGUUCCUUAGGAAUUGUCCUUGCUUUAGUACUUCAUUUUCGCACUCGCAAAUUCUAUUUGCAGAGGUUGUAGCCUUGUAGGGGCAGAGUAGCAUAUAUAUACAUAUAAAUGCUUUUUUUUAGGAAGAAUACUACUAUACUAAACACCAUAUAGGAUUUGUUGUCUUUUUUGACAGCCCAAUAUACUAGACUAGAUACUAACCAGGUGCAUGUAUUUUCCUGCACUUUCUGGGUUGUGUAUACUACAGUGAAGUCAUCAAAUUCUCACUUAAUUUGACAUGUUGUGUUAUUGUGUUAAGUUGGGAGGAGUGUUAGUACUAGCAAAUGUAGGUAGAUUUUUAGUAGAUCUACUACAUACAUGCAUGAGAAAUUCAUGACUUGCAGUUUCAACAGUUCUUUCCGUUUUUGGGUGUAUUUCUUCAAUCC